GGCACGGACGUUCAUAUUCACAUUUUAACGCUGUUUUUAAAAAAUAUUUUUUUAAAUGUAAUUAGACAAACAAAAUACAGACUAUAUUUACACGCUACACUUGUAAAGAAGUCUAACUGCUAACCUCAUACGUUACGUAUUUUUAGCACUAUGACGGCGGCUGCUGCUCGUCUCCCCUUUGCACACUGACUAUUUCUUUGGACUGAAGCCAGCACAGAGUCUUUAGACAAUGUUGCUGACCAGGGCUCGCCUGUCCAAAGUGCUGCAGCUCACCCUGGCGGUCAUCAAACCAGAUGCUGUGGCUCACCCUUUGAUGCUAGAGGCUCUUCACCAGAGAAUUCUGGAUAAUGAUUUUGUGAUUGUUAAAUGCAAAGAUCUGGUCUGGAGAAGACAGGACUCUGAGAAGUUUUAUGCUGAACAUUCAGGGCGAUUCUUCUAUCAAAGACUUGUUGAAUUCAUGUCAAGCGGUCCAAUGCGAGCGUACAUUUUAGCCCGGGAGGAUGCCAUAAGCCACUGGAGAGGACUGAUGGGACCGACCAAAGUGUUCAGAGCCAGGUUCACCUCGCCUGCCUCCAUCAGGGGCCAGUUUGGACUCACAGACACAAGGAACACAAGUCAUGGUUCAGAUUCUCCUGAGUCGGCUCAAAGAGAAAUCAGUUUCUUCUUCCCAGACUUCUGUGUGGAGGAGUGGAUGGAGAAGGAGGAGCCAUCGUUUAGAUCGCGGCAGAUACGUUAUGACCAUCAAAACCAAAUCCACACACUUUCAGUGCCAAGCUGACACCAGAACAGCUCAACGCUCUCAAGAACAUUAGUAUAAAGACUUACUGUUCAUCCAUUCCUCACAUAUACACACACAGAGGGUGCCUCAGCUGAAG